AUGGCGGCCGAUAGAACCAGCACCGAGGCCGUCGACCAGAAGGACUAUCUCGAAAGUCCCGGUCAAGUCGCUGAACAUGUCGAAGUCACUCAAGACAUUAGCUGGACUGCGGAGGAGGAGAAGAAGCUCGUCCGCAAGAUCGACCUGUUUCUCUUGCCCAAUAUUUGGCUCAUGUACCUGCUGUCUUAUAUGGAUCGAACCAACAUCGGAAACGCAAAGAUCGCUGGCAUGGCUGAUGACCUGGAACUCACCUCGUCUCAGUAUAGCAUCAUUCUGGUUGUCUUCUUCGUUGGCUAUGUUGUCUUCGAACCGCCGUCCAACAUGAUCCUGGUCCGAACCCGCCCUUCGCUAUACCUCCCCGCCAUCAUGGUUGUCUGGGGCGUCCUGACAUGCAUCAUGUCUGUCGUUCAGAGCUAUCGUCAUCUGAUAAUUCUCCGAGUCUUUGUCGGUGUCAUGGAAUCAGGCUUCGCCCCCGGUAUCCUCCUCAUCUUCUCAUCUUGGUACAAGCGAGGUGAACAGUCAAAGCGAUUCGCCGUCUUCAUGUCCGCCGCUAUUCUAUCUGGUGCUUUCGGCGGUCUCCUCGCAGGUGCCAUCACCGGUGGUCUUGAGGGUGCUCAUGGAAUUCGAGGAUGGCGCUGGCUUUUCAUCGUCGAGGGCGUUGCCACUAUUGGUUGGGCCAUUGUUGCCGCGUUUCUGCUUCUUGACUUUCCAGCCAACACCAAGCACCUGACGGACCGUGAGAGAGCCAUCGCCAUUGCAAGACUGCAGGAGGAUAGCGUUACUGUGAGGGGCGAGGGCGAGAAAGUUGGCAAGAUGCAAUCGUUUAUGCUCGCUCUGCGAGACUGGAGGACUUGGGGUUUCAUCUUUGGCUACAUGGUCAUUGUUGGUUCCUCGACUUUGUCCUACUUCUACCCGACUCUAGUUCACGGCCUUGGCUACACCAGCACUGUUCAAGCACAGUACAUGACGGUUCCCAUUUACGCCGUAGCAUUCGUCUGCACCGCCGUGAGCGGCUACUUUGCCGACAAGAUCUCAAACUACCGAGGUCUCGUCAUCGCUGGCUGGCUUAGCUUCUCAAUGAUAGCAUCCAUCGCAGUCUGUGUUGUCUACGACUUCACCGCCCGGUAUGCUCUAUUGGUUCUCAUGGCUGCAGGCCUCUGGGCGUCCAAUGCCAUCUCCCUAAGCUUCGCGUCCUCGACAUUCGGUUCAAUGGACGCCGAGGUUCGAGCUGUUGCCCUGGCGCUCAUGAACGCUCUGGGAAAUCUCGCGCAGAUUUACGGCGCGUACCUGUUUCCCUCUGACGAUGCACCCAAGUAUCUCAUGGGCUUUGGAGUUAUUUCUGGCAUGUUGGGGUUUGGUGUUUGCGUCUACAUUGUCAUGCAUGUUCUUGUCCGACGGUGGAAGCCAUAG